AUGCUGCUACUUCUGCUGUCGGCAACGGCGACCGUCCAGCGGCCGAUCCAGCGUCCCAAGGUAUCGCACGUGCUGCUGCGCGCCUCUGUCAACGGCGAAGAGCCGCUUCGUUGUGCGCCUUGCGACGUCCGCAUCCUCGGCGCGACAGCAAGUCCGAUCAUACAGCGCACAGCGCAAGUUGCCGCAGGCCAGAUCAUUGCUCGAUAUAAGGAGGAGCGUUGCGCGUUUAUGCAGAGCGUGGCCGGCCUCGCCAAGCGACCUGCGUCGGCUGCUUCGGGAUCUGCACGCGACGCUGCCGUCGAGCUCCUCCUUGCGCUUACACUGAACCUGCCCUGUUGGGUCUUGCUGGGUGUUGUGUUGUCCUCGUGGGAUGUGAAAAUGCUCUGA